AUGAACGGAACUCAAGAUCAAUAUGUCCACCGAUCUAUUGACAGUCCCCACGGGCUUAAGGUGAUCGUGGUGGGUGCUGGAAUCUCUGGAAUACUAAACGCGAUCAAGCUUCCGCGCCUCGUCGAGAAACUGGAUCUCGUCAUCUAUGAGGAAAAUGGCGGACUCGGGGGCACGUGGCUCGAAAAUCGCUAUCCUGGCAUCGCCUGUGACAUUCCGGCUCACAUGUAUCAGCUGUCCUGGGAUUCGAACGUGGCAUGGUCGCACUACUACGCCUCUGGGCACGAGAUUCUUGACUACUGGCGGCGUGUAGCGCAGAAGUACGAUGUUGAAAAAUACAUGAAGUUCUCUAGCCGCGUUAAAGAAGCUCGAUGGGUUGCCAGAGAAGCCCAGUGGGUUGUGACCAUCGAAGAUGUCGCAACGGGGCAGGUCGUGCAGGACCGUUCUGAUGCCCUUAUCACUGCCUAUGGAGCCCUCAAUUCCUGGGAUUGGCCGCAAAUCCCGGGACUCGCAAAAUUCAAGGGAAGCUUGAUGCACAGCGCCAAAUGGGACGAAAGCUUUGAUCUCGAUGGCAAGACCGUUGCCGUGAUCGGGGCUGGCUCCAGUGGCAUCCAAAUAGUCCCUAGCAUUCAACCCAAGGUGCGCCGAAUCGACCACUACGUUCGAGGUCGGACGUGGAUUGCAUCUCCCAUGGCGUCACAAGAGCUAGAAAGACGAGGCGUCCGAGAAGGCAACUUUACAUACCCGCUGGAGGAGAUUGCAAAGUGGAAAUCUGAUCCUCAGGCGUAUCUAAGCUACCGAAAGCAGAUUGAGACGUUUGCGCAAAGUGGCCACGAGAUCACCCUCCGCGGCUCUCAGGCACAAGCUAUUGCACGGGCGCACUUUACCAAUCUUAUGACGGAACGUCUCUGCAAGAAACCCGAGUUGCUGCCCCAUUUCCUACCGUCAUUCUCCCCUCUGUGCCGGCGCCUAACCCCCGGGCCUGGUUAUCUCGAGGCAUUGACGGAAGAGAAUGUCGAAGUGGUGGUAAGUCCUAUUUCCAAAGUGAACGAGACUGGCAUCGUCACCAGCGACGGCAAACAACGUGACGUGGAUGCUAUUGUCUGUGCCACGGGCUUCAAUGCGACUUUCGCCAACAUCGUCCCCAUCUACGGAGUCAACGGGAAGCAGCUGUUUGAUCGGCCGGACGGAACACGCCCACGAACAGCCAACUACCUGUCGAUUGGAGUGGACGGAUUUCCCAAUAUGUUUAUUAUCCUGGGGCCAAACUCUGCUGUCGGCGCCGGCAACCUCCUCAUGAUCAUGGAACGCGCCGUUGACUACACAGCCCGGGCUCUGCGAAAGAUGCAGCUCGAAAAUAUACUGACCAUGCAACCGUCAGUGCAUGCAGUCAACAACUUCACCAAGUUUGUCGACGUCCAUCACCACCGCACCGUUUAUGGCGAAGAUUGCACUUCGUGGUACAAGGCAGACGGCCGAGUCACUGCUUUGUGGCCAGGCUCGAGUCUCCACGCAAUUAAGGCGCUGGAGAAUCCGAGAUGGGAAGACUUUACCUAUGUAUACCGUGAUGAGAAUGAAACGGGCUGGUUGGGAGACGGGUCGACCCUGGCAGAUUGGAAUCCUGAGGGAGACAAAAGCUAUUAUCUGACUUCUGCAGAAUUGAUCACCGAUGCUCCAAAGAGCGUGUGA